UCUUCAGCUUCCUCCGCCGCCACUUCUUGUCCCCUCCCCGCAUUGUUCUCCGCCGCCGCAGCCGCUGACCUCGAGAGACCGCCUCCGCCGUCGCAUGAUGGGUAAGGCCGGGAUGAAGGACCCGGCGCAAUCCGAACGCACGAGCCGCCAAGAGCGCGACAAGAAAGGCAAGUUCACUCGCAGCUCGAAGGCAGGCAGGGGCGCCGCCCUCGCCGGCGCUAGAGUCGCCAAGCCUGCAGUCGCGUGAGCCGUGGCCUCGGCGGGGAAGGCGGCGAGGGCUCGCCGCGUGUCAGACGUCCCCGGAAUGUGCGCCUUAGUAGGCAGGGCAAGGAAGGCUCGCCGGAGCUCCGCCGCCACCGACAUCUCUUCCUCCAGGGCCGUCGUCCCCGCCGCAUCCCCUGCAUUGUCGUCAAACCACAAGAAGUGCCAGUUCUACAAGAACAUCAUGGCUAUGGAGGACAGGUUGAAGGAGCUCGAAAAGAAGGCCAACAAACACUCUAGUCAGGGUGCUGUGUUGACAGAUAUGCAGGAAAGGGUGGCUGCUCUUGAGGGGAAGCUCCAGGACACAGUGGAAGCUUUGGAGAAGACCCAGCAUCUUGUCGAGAAGAAUGUAGUUAAGCUCUUCAUAGACCAAAUAGAUAUCAAGGAGAAGGACAAACUCAUAGCAGAUCUCAGGAAGGAGCUGGAGGAAGUCAAGAAGAAGCAGUGAGGCCUAUCUAUAGAUUUAUGUAUAUAGGUCUUCUAUAUGUAACCAAGAAUAUGAAGUACUAGACUAUGAUGUGGUGGCGCAUGGAACACCUAGUAAUGCCGCCUUCAGGUCUUUUGGAUGGAUGGAACCCAGGAAUGUUAGUACUUUGGUUUGGCAUGGGUUGUGAACCCAGGAGCUUCAAAAGCUCAACUUAAGUAAUAUAUUCCUAUUUUAUAUAA